AUGUCGUCAUCUACAUCGGUUAAAAUGCAAAAACUAGGCGUUUGUUUUCAACCGCCGACUAUAUUUCUAUUUUAUACCGAUACAUCAACUGGUAAAUUACGUCGUCGUACUGUUACUUUGGAUGAUUUUACUAAAACUACAAAUAUAACUGAUUAUGCAAAUGAACUUCACAAUGAUAAAACAACAAGAAAACGAAAUCUUUUUCGACAUAUUCCAAUACGACGUCUUGAACGUCUUCUAUUUGUUUUGAAAGAAGGUCUUACAUCAAAUAUAUCCAAAACUGAUAUUGAAAAAAAAUUACGUAAAUUUGAUGAAUUAGAUACAAAUGAAGAUUUAAAUAAACUUGAUGAUGAUAUAUUAAAACAUAAAAAACUUAUUAUGAAUGAAACAUAUGAAAAAAAUCAUAUUGAUCCAUCAUCAAAAAAUUUUGUUUAUGAUGUGGUUGUAGAUUUUGAACCAACUAAAGGAGACCAACAAACAUCUGAAUGGGAUUCAACAGAUGAAAUAGAAGAAGAUAUAAAACACGAUGAUGAUGAUGUCGAUGACAAUGAUGAUGACGAUGAUUUUAACUGA